UUGCAAACGCGCAGUUUGCCUUCACAAAAAAUCCGAGUGUGCUGCUGCACCCUGAAGGCACCAUAGACCUCUCCUGUUGCUCAGAGAGGAGGCAAGCCGGUGAUUUUCCACUGCUGCUGCUUCUCUGGUCCCCCAGUUUUAAGAGACAAAGGUCAGGAAGAGAAGCUUAUAAAUAGGCUUAAAUAUAGGCUCCCGACGCGUUCAGUCCUCAGUCGCUCUAACGGACUCAAGAGGUCACGGACAAGACGAAACGGACAAGGGACGGCGCUCAAAGGACAUUAAAAGGACAAAAUAACAGAGGAAAGCACAUCAACAUUGCAGAAUGGCUCAAAAAGAGAAACUUCAGUGUCUGAAAGACUUCCAUAAGGACACUCUGAAACCAUCUCCCGGUAAGAGUCCUGGCACGCGGCCUGAAGAUGAAGCAGAGGGCAAGCACCCCCAGCGAGAGAAGUGGGCCAGCAAGCUGGACUUUGUUCUGUCUGUUGCUGGGGGUUUUGUUGGUUUAGGGAACGUCUGGCGUUUCCCAUACCUCUGCUAUAAAAAUGGUGGAGGUGCAUUUCUCAUCCCCUACUUCAUUUUCCUGUUUGGUGGAGGUCUGCCAGUCUUCUUCCUGGAGGUCGCCCUGGGUCAGUUCACCUCUGAGGGUGGCAUUACCUGCUGGGAGAAGCUCUGUCCCAUCUUUACUGGCAUUGGUUAUGCUUCCAUUGUGAUUGUGUCCCUGCUGAAUAUCUACUACAUUGUCAUCCUGGCCUGGGGCCUCUACUACCUGUUCCAGUGUUUUCAGCCUGAGCUGCCCUGGGCCAAGUGCAAUCAGCCCUGGAACACUGAUCAUUGCAUUGAGGACACCUACCGCAAGAACAAAACCCUCUGGGUGGCUGCCAACGCCUCCAACUUCACCUCCCCCGUCACCGAGUUCUGGGAGCAUAAUGUACUCGGUAUCUCCAGUGGUAUAGACGAGAUCGGCCCAAUUAAAUGGGACCUGGCCCUGUGUUUACUGCUUGUGUGGGUCAUCUGCUUCUUCUGCAUCUGGAAGGGCGUAAAAUCCACUGGAAAGGUGGUCUAUAUCACAGCCACGUUCCCUUUCGUCAUGCUCAUUGUGCUUUUGAUCCGUGGUGUGACGCUGCCAGGUGCUACUGCAGGCAUCAAAUUCUACCUGUAUCCUGACCUCACUCGCCUGAAGGACCCAGAGGUGUGGAUUGAUGCUGGCACCCAGAUUUUCUUCUCCUAUGCCAUCUGUUUGGGUGCCAUGACGUCCUUGGGGAGCUACAACAAGUACAAAUACAACUGCUACAGGGACUGUUUGCUGCUGGGAGCCCUCAACAGUGGUACCAGUUUUGUGUCUGGCUUCGCAAUAUUUUCCGUCCUGGGCUUCAUGGCACAAGAGCAAGGGGUGGACAUUGCUGAUGUGGCAGAGUCAGGUCCAGGCCUGGCUUUCAUUGCCUACCCUAAAGCUGUAACCAUGAUGCCUUUUCCUACACUCUGGGCAAUCCUCUUCUUCAUUAUGCUGCUGCUGCUUGGCCUCGACAGUCAGUUUGUGGAGGUGGAAGGGCAGAUCACAUCACUGGUGGAUCUGUAUCCGUCCUUCCUAAGGAAGGGUUACCGCAGAGAGGUCUUCAUCGCUAUUAUCUGCUGCAUCAGCUACGUGCUUGGACUCACCAUGGUUACCAAGGGUGGCAUGUAUGUUUUCCAGCUGUUUGACUACUAUGCAGCAAGCGGUGUGUGCCUUCUGUGGGUGGCAUUCUUUGAAUGUAUAGCUGUUGCCUGGGUUUAUGGCGUUGAUAAUUUCUAUGAUGCGAUUGAGGACAUGAUUGGCUACAGACCAAAUCCUUGGAUGAAAUGGAGCUGGACUGUGGUCACUCCUUUACUGUGUAUGGGUUGCUUUAUCUUCUCUUUGGUCAAAUACAAGCCAUUGACGUACAACAAGAUGUACCAGUAUCCUGACUGGGCCAUUGGAGUAGGGUGGACUUUGGCCUUGGCUUCUAUGAUCUGCAUCCCCAUGGUGGUUGUCAUCAAGAUCAUUCGAUCUGAUGGGCCGCUCAUUGAGAGGAUUAAGGCAGUGGCAGCCCCGGUUCGUGGUGGAGCCAGCUCCCGUCCUGCAGACCACCGUGGGCCUAAGGAGCUCUCCUGUCCCCUGGACCCCAAUGGGAACAAGGGCCUACUGAUGAAGGCCCCCACUCACACCAUCGUAGAAACCAUGAUGUAAAGGAAUGAGGCGGAGGCUCUCCAUGAGAUCGCUCUCCUCCCCUCUCCUGUCCUCUAAAAUGCUUUUAAAGCUAGCUAGCUUUC